GGCGGGCGGGCGGCGGCGGCGUGGGCCGUGGGCCGUCAGGGCAGCCCUGAAGGGGCCCCCUCCCCACUCCGCUCGAGUAGAAGUGUGAGAGAGCCCAGCAGGACUCAGAGGGGAGAGUUGGAGGAAAAAAAAAGGCAGAAAAGGGAAAGAAAGAGGAAGAGAGAGAGAGAGUGAGAGGAGCCGCUGAGCCCACCCCGAUGGCCGCGGACGAAGUUGCCGGAGGGGCGCGCAAAGCCACGAAAAGCAAACUUUUUGAGUUUCUGGUCCAUGGGGUGCGUCCCGGGAUGCCGUCUGGAGCCCGGAUGCCCCACCAGGGGGCGCCCAUGGGCCCCCCGGGCUCCCCGUACAUGGGCAGCCCCGCCGUGCGACCCGGCCUGGCCCCCGCGGGCAUGGAGCCCGCCCGCAAGCGAGCAGCGCCCCCGCCCGGGCAGAGCCAGACACAGAGCCAGGGCCAGCCGGUGCCCACCGCCCCCGCGCGGAGCCGCAGUGCCAAGAGGAGGAAGAUGGCUGACAAAAUCCUCCCUCAAAGGAUUCGGGAGCUGGUCCCCGAGUCCCAGGCUUACAUGGACCUCUUGGCGUUUGAGAGGAAACUGGAUCAAACCAUCAUGCGGAAGCGGGUGGACAUCCAGGAGGCUUUGAAGAGGCCCAUGAAGCAAAAGCGGAAGCUGCGACUCUAUAUCUCCAACACUUUUAACCCUGCGAAGCCUGAUGCUGAGGAUUCCGAUGGCAGCAUUGCUUCCUGGGAGCUACGGGUGGAGGGGAAGCUCCUGGAUGAUCCCAGCAAACAGAAGCGGAAGUUCUCUUCUUUCUUCAAGAGUUUGGUCAUCGAGCUGGACAAAGAUCUUUAUGGCCCUGACAACCACCUCGUUGAGUGGCAUCGAACACCCACGACCCAAGAGACGGAUGGCUUCCAGGUGAAACGGCCUGGGGACCUGAGUGUGCGCUGCACGCUGCUCCUCAUGCUGGACUACCAGCCUCCCCAGUUCAAACUGGAUCCCCGCCUAGCCCGGCUGCUGGGGUUGCACACACAGAGCCGCUCAGCCAUCGUCCAGGCCCUGUGGCAGUAUGUGAAGACCAACAGACUGCAGGACUCCCAUGACAAGGAAUAUAUCAAUGGGGACAAGUAUUUCCAGCAGAUUUUUGAUUGUCCCCGGCUGAAGUUUUCUGAGAUUCCCCAGCGCCUCACAGCCCUGCUAUUGCCCCCUGACCCAAUUGUCAUCAACCAUGUCAUCAGCCCCGGGGCCCUGGGGCCUGUAUGGGGGCAUCGUGGACACGAAGGGCUGGACUUCCCUGGCAGCGUGGACCCUUCAGACCAGAAGAAGACGGCGUGCUAUGACAUUGACGUGGAGGUGGAGGAGCCAUUAAAGGGGCAGAUGAGCAGCUUCCUCCUGUCCACGGCCAACCAGCAGGAGAUCAGUGCUCUGGACAGUAAGAUCCAUGAGACGAUUGAGUCCAUAAACCAGCUCAAGAUCCAGAGGGACUUCAUGCUAAGCUUCUCCAGAGACCCCAAAGGCUAUGUCCAAGACCUGCUCCGCUCCCAGAGCCGGGACCUCAAGGUGAUGACAGAUGUAGCCGGCAACCCCGAAGAGGAGCGCCGGGCUGAGUUCUACCACCAGCCCUGGUCCCAGGAGGCCGUCAGUCGCUACUUCUACUGCAAGAUCCAGCAGCGCAGGCAGGAGCUGGAGCAGUCGCUGGUUGUGCGCAACACCUAGGAGCCCAGAAAUAAGCAGCACGACAGAACUUCCAGCCGUGUCCCAGGCCCCAGCGUUUUGCCCCAGGCUCCAGCAUCACUCUUCUGCCACCUUGGGGUGUGGGGCUGGAUUAAAAGUCAUUCAUCUGACA